AUGCAGCAGGAUUAUGCUCGCCGUAUUCCUAUUGAAGAAACACCAUGCAUCUGGCACUAUGUAGGGACAAGCGAUUAUUUGAUGAAAGACUCUUGUGUUUAUGGCGACGCUUCUGUGACCUUCUUCCUCGGCGACGUGAAGGCUGCUCGCAGUUUAUUGGUAUAUAUGCACCCCACACUUAACGACAUAAACAGACCUGGCGAGGCCUUAACCUUAAGGGCUCAAGCUUUUCCAAGCUUUUUUCUGUUACUCCCACAACUUGGCCUAUCUUCAAUUUCUGCAUUCCUUGUCUUAUCCUUCUCCUGGUAUCCUUCUAUGAUUGCCCUCUUUGGAAGUAUCACAGCAUCAUAG